UUGAUAACUGCAUUGUGCACAUGAAACACUUCAAAUCUAAAACUCAACACGUAUUAGAUACAAUACACGUACAUCAUUCUACUAAAGUAAAUGCCCCAAAUGGAAGGAAAACAAAAGAUCACAUGACUGUCACGGGACGCAGACGAUACAUACUCCCACUAGUACUGUAGUAAAGCUAAAUGUAGGUACUAACGUACACGGACCAGCCCCAUGUGCUCUGUGCACCAUAUUUGCAGCCGUUUAACUUGUUCGAAGGUUGGUGCACAUAAGUAAUGGAUAAGGAAAGCCUCCUCCGUGUGUUGAGGGAACACGUCACUCAUAUUCCAUGUUUGCAGUUUGUGCAGGGUGCCUGUGACGUGUCCGAGGUGGGGGACGGAAACCUCAACCACGUAUUCCGUGUGGUCCCACAGACAGGACCCUGCGUCAUCUGUCAUCGUAAAGGCAGCCCCACCUUCAUCAAGUGCCUUGGUCCAGAGUAUCCCUUGAGUGUCCAUCGCUACACCAUUGAGUACCAGGCGCUGCAGAAGUUUCACGAAAUCAUCCCAGGUUACAGUCCUCGACCUUACCUUCUCAUCCAGGACAGGCACAUGUUUGUCAUGGAGGACCUCUCUGAUGGGUACGUCACACUACAAGCAGAGCUGAUCAGAGGCAAGCUCCAUCUAGCAGCUGUAAGGAAUAUUGCAGUUUUUAUGGCCCGUGUUCAUUCAGCAACGUGUCAUCAAAGCCAAAAUGAACUACUGACAUCAUUCAGAAACCCAGCCAUGGUAUCUCUAACAGAACAGUACAUCUUCACGCGGCCUUUUCAAAAGGACGACCCGACCAAUCACAGCUCAGAGCCAAUAACGGCAAUCCUCCAUCUUGUGCACGAUGACACGGAACUACUAAGCAUCGUGGGAAAGUUUAAGCGACUUUUCCUGGAGAAGCGGGAGUGCUUGGUGCACGGUGAUCUCCACAGCGGGUCUGUUCUUGUCAGACCUGGGGAUGGAAGUGUUAAGGUCAUAGACGCGGAGUUUGCGUACGUCGGUCCAUCGGCCUUUGAUCUGGGUCUGUUACUGGCCAGCUACGUCUUUUCUUACUCUGCACACAAGGAGAAGGGGACUGGUGCAGAAAGCAGGGAGUUCUGUGAACUGUUGUGUCAGGCGAUUUUACUGACAGGAGAAGGGAGAAUGUCCCUUGUUCAACAGAAGAUGCCGCCCACAACGCGCAGAAAGAGCAGGCUGUCAGUCAAGUCCAGCACUAUUAGCACAGAAUCUUCGUGGUCGAGCGAGGGAGAAGAAGAAGAAGACAUCCGAGGAAGACCCGGUGUGUUGUCUGCGCUACUCCAGUUCCUGUGUGCCGCGGUUGCUCUCGGGACGGGUGUAUAUAGUGCUGUGCAGCAGGAUCUGCCGGCACUCUGGCAGAAGGACGACGUCAAGUCGCGGCUUCUGCUUGCCAACCACGCCACACUAGUCUUGGUCCUGUCUAUCGCCGUCCUGGUGACCUGUGGUAAACUGGUGUCCAGUCUGGUCUCCAAAGUGCGACGUGUGCGCAGCGCCACCUGGCGAUCCUCCAGGGAACACGAGGGCUCUGACGUCACCAAGGUGCUCACACUAGCCAUGCUCACGGGAAUCUGCGCAUGCCUGGUUCUUUACGUCACGGUCUGCUACCUCAUCGCACAUCCGUGGCUGGACAUUUCUGAGACAACUUACGCCACCAGGUUGGCAGCGUCCCUAGCGGUAUGUCUCAGCACUGCAGCCAUCCUCGUUUCCCUGAUCGUGACCUCUGCACUUCUGGACCAAGUGCUGAUCUCUUUUGGACUCGACCCCGACCAGACGAAUUUCGCCGUGAUCGUACAAUGCGUAACGUCUAAUUCGGCAGCCCUGAUGACCCACCUCGGCCUUGUCUCGUCCAUGUACUCCCUAGCCUGGGUGUCCGCCGAGGCCGGGGCCCAGCUAUGGCUUCAGAGGAUCGCCCUAGUUCUCAUCGGCGGUCCCGCAUGUUUGCUAGAGGCAGUUUUAUUGUUCUGGACUAUCAAAAAGCUGGCCCGCGUCAUUAUCACUGUGGUCAGCCAAAAUGUCAAGAAAGUCGUCGAGAUUGUCAGAGCCAUUCGGCUCUCUCUGCCGGCAAUGUUUCUGCUAUCGUGCCUGGCGACAAGCGGGGCGGUGUACGGGGUUGUUUCUACCGGGGAGAAGGGCCAUGAUGAUGCGGUGUUUGCCGCCUUGGUUGUAGUUACUGCUAUGGCUGUUGCCGUGAACGCUGGGCUCGGACUGUGGCUGGUUUACGUCGUUCUUCCUCUGGACAACCAGGAGCAAAUCCAGCGGGGAGGAGAGGACUUCAUGGCGGCUUUGUUAAUGGAGAUCCCCUUCCUACCGAAACAACCUAAGGAGGACUAACUCAUCUACCUUCAAAAUAACUAUGCGUAAAGAUGGAGGACAAUGCCUGGCUAGUGGCACACCAAGUUAAACUUUGUAAUUUAGAGUCAGGGCUUGAAAUACUUUUUUCUGUAUAUCUGGUGACAGUCAAGGCAUCAAUUACAUGCAUCCACCAACCCAGUACAUGGCCCAGUGCAAGUUAGGUGCAGGU